CUUUUAUUAUUAUUAACUUUACAAUUUUUUGUAAUUUCCCUUCUUUUUUUUUCAUAUAAUGUGUUUGGAGUUUUUUGAAUCCUUGUCUCGUGAUUUUACAUCGCUUCUCGAUACAGGAGAAUAUUCUGAUGUUGUAAUUCACGUCGGACAAGAACCUUUUAUCAGAGAAUUUCGAGUACAUUCACUUAUUUUACGAACGAGAUCACUUUACUUUCGAUAUGCACUAUCAAACACUUGGGCAAAAACUAGAGGAAAUUAUAUAAUUUUUCGGAAACCAAAUAUCUCACCGGACGUAUUUGAAAUUAUUUUAAAGUAUAUUUACGGAGCAUCCCUUAAACUUCCAGAGAUUAAUAUGAAAAUUAUUCUUGAAAUAUUAAAAGCAGCAGAUGAAUUAUGUAUAAGUGAAUUAAUAGAUCAUAUUCAAGAGUUUCUUUUAUAUAAUCCAGAAUUAAUACUAUCAAACCUUGUUUUAAUUCAUCAAUUCGUAAAAGAGUAUGAACAUUUUACCGAAUUACAAACAUUUUGUCUUAAUACGAUUAAUCAAGAUCCUGCAAUAUUUUUUGAGACCAAAGAUUUUAUUACAAUAGACCAAAGUUUAUUAUUAUCUAUACUUAAGGUAAAUAAUCUUAUCAUGAAAGAAAUUGAUAUAUGGAAUAAAAUAGUUGAAUGGGGAAUCGCACAGAAUCCCAUACUUUCUCAUAGUAUUCAGACAUGGACAAAUGAACAAUUUUCAAUAUUUCGAAAUAUAAUUCACCCAUUUAUUGAUUUCAUUAAAUUUUCGCUUAUAAGUCCGGAUGAUUUUCUUAAAAAAGUUUUUCCUUUUCAUCAAGUAAUCGGGACAUCAUCAGGAAUAGGACCACGUGAUAUUGAUUCAACUCUAAUUAUGGCUAAACAUGCCUCAUUGAUCUCUGGAUGGAUGAUUAAUGAUCCACAAAUGCUAUCACAUUUCGAAUUUAGAUUACUUUUACGUGGUACAAGAGAUGGAUUUACGGCCGAAACAUUUCAUAAAUUAUGUGAUAAUAAAGGACCAACAGUAACUGUCUUGAGAGUUAAAGACACAGGAGAACUUCUUGGAGGGUAUACGCCUACUAAUUGGGAUGCUUCUUUAGAAGAUUUCAGUUAUUCAGCCAGAAGCUUUAUAUUUUCUUUGGGAAAUGAUAAUUUGAAUGAUAUUAUAUGUUCUAGAGUGAAUGAUCCAAAUUGUGCUUGUUAUAAUUGUGAAGAUUCGGGACCUAGUUUUGGUGGGGCCGAGACUGAUUUGCAAUUAUGGGGUAAUUUUAAAGAAGAAUGUUUUUGCAGAUGUGUAAAAACCAGUUAUGAACGUAAAAUCAGAGAAAGUGAAGAUUACUUUUCAGUUGAUGAGUAUGAAGUAUUUCAAGUGGUUAGAAUAUUUUAAUUAAUUAUAUUACUAGUAGAUUAUUAAUUAUACGUAUAUAUAAAUUAAUUAAUUAAUUAAUUAUUAAUUAGCUUCAAUUUAAUUAGCUUUAAUUUAAUUACUAUAUAGUGCAAUAGCGUCAAAUUUAUUUUAUCAUCAUUAUUUUAA